ACAUCCCACGAGAAAAACUCCAUGUCUGAUCCCAGCGCCAGCAGCACGGCCUCUUCUUCUCCGACUUCUUCAUCUACGUCGCCCCGGCUCACCACCGGCGUCGUCAACUUUCUGGCCCGUCGUGCGGUGACCACGCAGCAGAACCACCACCUACCAGCAGCCGAAGCAUUCCCGCUGCACUCGCCGGGCUCCUCCACCGGCUCCGCCGACUCCGCGCCCUGGCACCACCGCGCCCCGGCCACGCCGCCACCUGUUCUUCCGUUCGACACCAGCGACGCCGACGAGAUGCUCCUGCUAGACAUGCUCUCCCAGCACCACGAGGUCCAGCACGCCGCGGCCGCACCGACGACGGCGCCGGCGAAGCAAGAGGCCGACGAGGAGGGCAAGGUGGCACUAGGUGUGGGUCGCGCGUUCCGCGGAGUGCGGAAGCGACCGUGGGGCAAGUUCGCGGCGGAGAUCCGGGACUCGACGCGCAACGGCGUGCGCGUGUGGCUGGGCACCUUCGACAGCCCAGAAGCUGCGGCGCUGGCGUACGACCAGGCUGCGUUCGCCAUCCGCGGCGGGGCCGCCGUUCUCAACUUUCCGGCCGAUCAGGUCCGGCGCUCGCUCGAGGGCGCCGCUGACGACGCAUGCGGCCGUGCCCAUGGCUUGUCGCCCGUGCUGGCGCUCAAGCGGCGGCAUUGCAUGCGGAGCCGGAAGGCCGCGGCGGCCGGCAGGGUGGCGAAGGCCGCCACCCGGGGGGCGCGGCCGGAGUGUGUGAUGGAGCUUGAGGACCUCGGCGCGGAGUACCUCGAGCAGCUGCUUGGCGCCUCCGAGGACACGGCGUCCAUGAGUUCAUGGUGCUGGAGCCACCAGUCCGUAUGAACUCGAAUCACACAUGCCGACGAAUCUACCGGGAUGGUGGAGAAUUCACAUCGCAAGGCAAGGCCAACGAGCGCGACGAUGACGGGUGAUCAUGAGCGUGCCUGGUGUGUACAUUGUUUUGAAGCGGCAAACGAGCGUGAAUUUGGGUUUGAACUCGGUGAAAAUUGCUGUGAGUAGUUCACCAAAAUGGUCGGGUCAAGCUUGAAUACCUCUGCCGGGUGUAGGGUUUCCGUUUGUUUUCCUUUUUCCAAAAAGAAGUGAAAGAGUACAAGGGAUUGAUUGAUUGUU